AGCCAUCUCUUAUCUUUCAAUCCAUCUGCCGGCAUCCAUCCGUCUUUCAGCCACUUCUCCGUUCUUUCAGUGGCGUCAGCCUCACUCGCACUACCGUUUAAAACUACAACUCCGUCUUCUUCACUCAUUACUCCUUUCAUCUUUCCUCCAAACACUACCUCUUACCUUUCAAUCCACACCCCGAAAAUGUCUGCAAGCCCGGCCUCCUCUGCUGGCGGCGACAACAAGAGCGGCGACCAAGUUCACUUCCGUUUCUGUCGCGAGUGCUCCAACUUGCUCUAUCCCAAAGAAGACCGCGUUUCCAACCGCUUGAUGUUCACAUGUCGAACCUGCCACGUCGGCGAGCCCGCCACCUCGUACUGCGUCUACCAAAACAAACUCAACACUGAAGUCGGCGACACUGCUGGUGUCACCACCGAUGUGGGAUCUGAUCCUACGCUUCCCCGGUCCAACAAGCUCUGCCCGAGCUGCGGUGAAGCCGAAGCAGUCUUCUUCCAGUCGCAACAGCGAUCUGCGGAAACCGGAAUGAAACUCUACUAUGUCUGCUGCGCAUGCGGCAAUGUCUUCAUGUAA